AUGGAUAUCCUUUAUGCCGUCGCCAGGCAAACCGACUUCUCCUUGAAGCUGGCCGAACAAAUCAUGUCGACCGGAGACAACAAAAACCGCAACUUCGUGUUCUCUCCCUUACUCUUGCACGUUGGUUUGAGCAUGGUGGCAUUCGGGUCGGGCGGGACGACCCGAACCCAGCUCCUGGGCUUUCUCCGGUCCAAGUCCAUCAAUGAACUUGAAUUGCUAAUUUCUCAUCUUUUUACCCCGAUGUUGAAUGACAGUGGAUCUUUGGGUGGGCCCCGUUUGUCGUUGGCCAACGGCGUUUGGGUCGAACAAAGUCUUACCUUGAAGCCGGCUUUUGAAGAUUUCGUCGUGGGGUCUUGUAAGGCUACUCUCAAAAGUGUUGAUUUUAAGUCUAAGGCCAAUGAGGUAGAAAAGGAAGCAAAUGCAUGGGUAGAGGAGAAAACAAAUGGCCUAAUCGAACAAAUACUACCACCCGAUUCGAUUCAUACUCGCACGAGGCUUAUCCUUGCCACCGCGCUCUACUUCAAAGGAACCUGGGUCUAUCCAUUCCACAAAUUGCUGACGAGUGACCGUGAGUUUUUCCUUUUGGACGGUAGUUCUGUUCGUGCGCCCUUCAUGACAAUGCAAAAGCCCCAAUACUAUCGUGCAUUUGACGGCUUCAAAGUCCUAAGGCUUCCAUACAAAAACGGCGGUGAUAGCGAGCACAAGUUCUCGAUGUACUUCUUCCUUCCGGAAGCCCGGGACGGCCUCACAUCUCUAGUUGACAAGUUGGGUUCCGCUUCUGGGUUCGUAGAGUGCCACGCCCCUUACGAACUGGUGUAUCUAGAUAGUUUUUUCAUCCCAAAGUUCAAAAUAAGUUCGGAUUUCGAGGCGUCUAAGGUUCUCAAGGGGAAGGGAUUGGUUCUUCCUUUCUUGCCAGGUGGCUUGACCGAGAUGGUUCGUGAGUUGAGUGCUGGAGAGGAACUUUACGUGGAGGGAUUGUUUUGUAAGUCGUGCAUCGAGGUGGACGAGCAUGGGACGGAGGCUGCUAGUGCUUGUGUUGUUUCUUUGCGUGGAGGUGGGUGUGGGUUGUAUGAGAGAAAGGAGUUUGUGGCUGACCAUCCUUUCAUGUUUGUGUUGAGGGAAGAUGUGAGCGGUGUGGUGUUGUUUGCUGGCCAAGUGCUUAAUCCCCUAUCUACUUAG